AGCUAGGAUCGCUCUCUUUCCGUGAUCGCUGUGCUAUCGUCGUGUGCGCUGCUCGUCGACCGAACAUUUUUUCUUCGCCUCCGUCGACUUCAUUGUGUUUGGUCGAUUUUCAUCCGUUUUAAUCUCACAUCUUGAUACUAUUUCAUCUAUAAACGAUUAACCAUGGGAAAAGAGAAGGUUCAUAUUAACAUCGUUGUCAUUGGACACGUAGAUUCUGGUAAAUCUACAACAACUGGUCACUUGAUCUACAAAUGUGGAGGUAUUGACAAGCGAACAAUUGAAAAGUUCGAGAAGGAAGCCCAAGAAAUGGGAAAAGGUUCUUUCAAAUAUGCUUGGGUUUUGGACAAACUUAAGGCUGAACGUGAACGUGGUAUUACCAUUGAUAUUGCCUUAUGGAAAUUUGAAACUGCCAAGUACUAUGUUACCAUCAUUGAUGCACCUGGUCACAGAGAUUUCAUCAAGAACAUGAUUACUGGUACUUCCCAGGCUGAUUGUGCUGUGCUUAUUGUUGCUGCUGGUACUGGAGAAUUCGAAGCUGGUAUCUCCAAGAACGGUCAAACCCGUGAACACGCUCUAUUGGCUUUUACCCUUGGUGUGAAACAACUGAUUGUUGGUGUGAACAAGAUGGACUCUACUGAACCACCGUACAGCGAGGCUCGUUUCGAAGAAAUCAAGAAGGAAGUUGGAAGUUACAUCAAGAAGAUUGGUUACAACCCAGCUGCUGUUGCUUUUGUGCCCAUCUCUGGAUGGAAUGGAGACAAUAUGUUGGAAGUAUCUGACAAAAUGACAUGGUUCAAGGGAUGGAGUGUUGAACGUAAAGAAGGAAAGGCUGAUGGUAAAUGUUUGAUUGAAGCUUUAGAUGCUAUCCUCCCACCUAGUCGUCCCACAGACAAGGCUCUUCGUCUUCCACUUCAGGACGUCUACAAAAUUGGAGGUAUUGGAACAGUCCCAGUUGGUCGUGUGGAGACUGGUCUUUUGAAACCUGGUAUGGUUGUUGUUUUCGCACCGGCCAACAUCACAACUGAAGUUAAGUCCGUGGAAAUGCACCACGAAGCUCUUGUAGAAGCUGUUCCCGGAGACAACGUUGGUUUCAACGUAAAGAAUGUUUCAGUCAAGGAAUUGAGACGUGGUUUCGUUGCUGGAGACACAAAAAACAACCCACCCAAAGGUGCUGCUGAUUUCACUGCCCAGGUUAUUGUAUUGAACCACCCUGGUCAAAUUUCCAAUGGAUACACUCCAGUUUUGGAUUGCCACACAGCCCAUAUUGCUUGCAAGUUUGCAGAGAUCAAAGAAAAGUGUGACCGUCGUACUGGUAAAACUACUGAAGCCAAUCCAAAAGCCAUCAAGUCUGGAGAUGCUGCCAUCAUCACCUUGGUACCAUCCAAGCCUUUGUGUGUUGAAGCUUUCUCAGAAUUCCCUCCCUUGGGACGUUUUGCUGUACGUGAUAUGAGGCAAACCGUUGCUGUUGGUGUGAUCAAGAGUGUCAACUUCAAAGACUUGGCUGCGGGUAAAGUAACAAAGGCUGCUGAAAAAGCUCAGAAGAAGAAAUGAAUAGGCGUAGCAGUAGCGCACACACGUCCUUCAGUUAGGUCAAACGAAAGUUGGCAUAGGUGUCAGAUACCAUCCCAACUUCAAAUACUAUCCAAAUGGCUGUUGCAACCUUGUUUUCAUCGUAAAGAAUUUCGCAGGAAAAAAUCGUGUUGUGCUACUCAAUAUCAUGAUAAUUUUGUUUUUAUUUUUUAUUUUCAACAAUUUUUCAAAUUUGUUUUUAGUUAUGUUUAACUUAUUGAUAGGGAUGACAUAAUUAUAAAAUAGUUUUUUUUGAUAAUUGUAUGUAUAAUGCCUUAAUUUGGAAAAUAUUUUUUCUUAAACUAAUUUAUCAUUCUAUGAUGUUAUAAUUUAUACCUUACUUUAAUUUUAUAACAUUUUUUUUUUUACUGCAUCUAUGACUACAAAUUCCA